AAUUAAAGACGACUGGAUGUAAUAAUAACACAUGGUUAUUUCUUUCACUGAUAUUGCUACCAGAACGUUAUAAUAUAAGCUCCUUCCAUUGAUGCGCACCUGUUAGAAAUUUGAGCCUUCUUGUAUCACUACGCUGGCCGCCAUUGUAAUGUCUGGAUGUGAAUUAAUGUACCUUUAUCGCUGUCAAACAGCUAUUUAAGGAAUCCGAGCCUGAUGCGGCCGAUUCCCUGCCGCUAGGGGCUAUGGAUCAAUAUGAAAAAGUGUAUAAAAAAGAUAGUAAGCUUUAUAAAGAAGGGUUUGAUCUUUUCGAGGCGCAAACCAAUUCCUUUUUUUGGGAUGAAGUGACAGCAAAUUCUCGAUCAUCGAGUUUGUCAUCAUCAAGACAGGAAUUAGCCAACCUACACAUGAAUCAUGCCGCAAAUCAUUCUAUAAACGCUGGACAAGUUCGUUAUUCGCCCAAAACAAUGUUUAGGUCAGUGUAUAAUGGCCCAGGUGAAAAGUCAGAUAUCAGUGUUACAACGACAUCAGUGAAUGUAAGUGAUACAAAACCUCCAAUACCAACAUCAAUAGGACAUGCUCAUGCUGGAAAUACUUAUGCUGCUUAUUCAUCAUCAAAAAUUAUUAACCAAGAAGUUCCACCCUUUCCUACGUCUCUCAGUGGAUUAGACUCUAGAAGUGUUUUAUACGGAAAUAAAUACUCUACAUGUCAAGAAGUGAAAACAAUAAUGAACAAUAGUCAACAACAAUCUGUUUAUGCAAAUUUACAAAUGAUCAGUGCAUCGAAAAAUAUCUCAAAUUCAAAUUAUUCAAGUCCCAGAUCUAGUUUAGGUAGUGGUGGUGAGGGUUCUUCAAAAAACUCAAGUCCACGGACAAGUCUAACCAAUCCUCCCCCACCUCCUCCUUAUGAUCAACGUUAUGGUAGUCCUAGAUCAAGUCUGGCUAGCCCACGUUCAAGUUUAAGUGCAACAUCGUUGGAAUCUAAACAUUCUAGUCCAAGAGCAAGUUUGACGGGUGGAGUGCUGCUUGAUAAAUAUCCCAGUCCACGGACCACUUUGUCAAGUCAUCAAGAUAGAAUAUCUGUCCAAAGGCUUAUAGGUUCUGAUGACUAUGAACUUCAGUCAGAUGGAUCUGUCUCGGGCCAAAACAUGCAUCAUAUGCAUCAUAAUUUAUUCAGUCUUGGUCCUCGUAAUUCGGCAUUGUUGAAUGACAAUCGGUUUAAUGAACCGGCACCAUAUACAGAUCCAAGACUUCAAACGCUUCCACCUCAAAGACAAGCAAGUGUACAUAACGUAAGCAUAGCAAGGAAUACAAAUAACCAAGGAUCUGCACAGCCGCAUGGCAUACACUCACAUCAAAAUGGAGGGCAUGUAAUCUCGUUAUCGUCACCAGUUCAGUCAAGUGCUCCAUCUGGACAACCUCCCUCUCUUCCUGCUCGUGUCCCUUUAGCUUAUGACACUGUUCCUCCCAGAACACCUGGACCAACUGAUGCUGAAAAGAAACUUGCAGCAUUGACUUUACAGCUGGAAAAAGAAAUGUGCAUUUCAAGUUCUGGUGUAAAAAAGUCUCCAUCAGAGCCCCCUCCACCCUAUCAUGGGUCACAUAUAUUGGAGUCUGUUGAAAAUCUGGCUUCAAAUGUUCGUUACACUGUUGGUGCUGCUAAAGGUGUGGAAAUAAAUAAUCAAGAUCUGAAUAGUCCACCUCCAUCCUCUAAGGGCUUCCGGGGUGUUACAAAAUUACCAUACCAGGUUACCCCUCCUCCAUCUGUUGGGCCAUCGGAAGCCGAGAAGAAAUUGGCUACUUUAACUCAAGAGUUGGAAGAUGAAAUGGAGAAAGCUCCUCCUGGGGAAUAUUUUGGUCAGUGUUACACUUGUUGUGAAAGAGUAUCAGGAUCUACAGAUGCUUGUCAAGCUAUGGGUAACCUUUAUCAUACUAGAUGUUUUACUUGUUGUUCUUGUGGAAGGACGUUAAGAGGUAAAGCUUUUUAUAAUGUACAUGGUAGAGUGUAUUGUGAAGAAGAUUAUUUGUAUUCUGGUUUUCAACAAACAGCUGAUAAAUGUGUUGUUUGUGGUCAUUUAAUUAUGGAAAUGAUUUUACAAGCGAUGGGCAAAUCAUAUCACCCAGGAUGUUUUCGAUGUUGUAUUUGUAAUGAGUGUUUAGAUGGUGUACCAUUUACAAUAGAUGUAGAUAAUAAAAUCUACUGUGUUGAAGAUUAUCACAGGGUAUAUGCACCGAAAUGUGCCGCUUGUGGUCAGGCCAUUACACCUGUUGAUGGUACAGAAGAAACUGUACGGGUUGUUUCUAUGGAUAAAGACUUCCAUGUAGACUGUUAUCAAUGUGAGGGUUGUGGUAUGCAGUUAACAGAUGAACCAGAUAAACGAUGUUAUCCUCUUGAUGAACAUCUUUAUUGUCACAGUUGUCAUAUACACAAGUUAAAUCAACAGUUCCCUGGUGAACAAUUCUAUUUUGAUCCUAAAACCUCUAAUAUACAGAGUAAUCGACUAGAUGACUCCGGCAAUGUAACUAUACACGCUUGUCUGCCAACAAGUUAUGCUGCUUUUUCCAUGCCAGGUUUUCCAACAAUGAAUAAUCCAAAUGGUAGUGUAAAUAAUUUACCUAAUGAUGAUCAUGAUUAUGAACAAUAUAAUUCCCCUGACUAUAGCCCCCCUCCUCAACCUUCCUACCCACCUCCCAAAUUGUCUACUAAAUAUCAUAUAACCGAGUUGUAAUUGUGUGUGUUAUUUAUUGAUGAUCAUGUUGUGCUGUGCUAUGAACAUACUAUCAAUUGUGAUAAGAUUUAUUUGUAACUGGAGAUCCAUACUGUGAUCAGUUUCUCCCAUAAUAAUAAGUAAAUGGUUGCAUGUAUAUUAUAUUUAUUUGUGUACAACCAUAUAAUUACAGUAACAGGAGUGAUGUAACUAUAUGGUAUUUAUAUUCUGUCUUCUAUAAAAUUAUUGUUCUUCCAUUAA